CACUCGUUCCGCUUAUUUCUGGCGCUCCUUCAGUGGUCAAAAUGCCGAAGUCCUCAUUUCUACAUUUCUCACGAUCCACACAGGAGCCAAGUGUGUUCUCUGGUCAGUGUUGGUGAUGUCGGCUGUGUGUCACUCCGUCAGUCAGAUCUUAGCUGAGCUCAGUGCUGAUGAGUGUCGGAGGAUCUGCUAUCUGUGCGGCGCUCUGGACACACACUCAGAGCUCACACACUCCUCAGAGCUCAGAGUCUGCACACAAUCGCUGCUGUGCCGGAGCGAGCGUGUGUUUCUGCUGGAGCUCCUGCUGAGGAUCAAACGCUACGACCUGCUCAGACGAGUGUUGAAGAGCAGCAGGAGCAUGGCGGAGACUCUGCUGAAGAACCAGCACACACUGCCAGAAUACAGAGUCCUGAUGUGUGAUGUUAGUGAGGAGAUGGACACAGAGGACCUGAAGUCUCUGAUAUUCCUGCUGAGAGACACUUUAUCAAAACACAAGCUGCAGAAUGUCCAGAGUUUUCUGGAUAUCGUGGUGGAUCUGGAGAACUGA